UCUAAACGGAAUAUAAGAAUGGGACACUGACUGUGCUUUAUAGACACUGAGAUUAUUUUGGCGGGCUGGCUAUGGCAGGGUUUUUUCACUGGUCCAAAAGGAAUUGUGAUUUACAUGACUUCAAGUUCCUUAUUAGCAAAUCAAAGAAGAAGAUUUAGAGCGGGCUCUUUUAAAUUUGAAUUCUAGCCUUCCCGCCAGGGUAUAAUUACGUCACAGAACGACUGGUUAUUGAUCAGCAAAUCAAAUGGGAGUAUUUAAAGCGGGCUCUCACAUUCGAUGUUAUAGCCUUCCAAUCAAAAACGAGAGACUGUGUAUAAAUAAGAGGCACGAAACCAUUCGCUUCAUAACAUUUUUUGUUGCGUUGUAUAGCUAUGGCUCGUACAAAACAGACCGCCCGCAAGUCCACCGGAGGGAAGGCUCCUCGCAAACAGUUGGCCACUAAGGCAGCCAGGAAGAGCGCUCCGGCCACUGGGGGUGUCAAGAAGCCGCAUCGUUACCGCCCAGGUACUGUCGCUCUCCGAGAAAUCCGACGUUACCAGAAAUCGACCGAGCUGCUGAUUCGCAAAUUGCCUUUCCAGCGCCUGGUUCGUGAGAUCGCUCAGGAUUUCAAGACCGACCUGCGUUUCCAGAGCUCGGCAGUCAUGGCUCUGCAGGAGGCCAGCGAGGCUUAUCUGGUCGGCUUGUUUGAGGACACCAACCUGUGCGCCAUCCACGCCAAGAGGGUCACCAUCAUGCCCAAGGACAUCCAGCUGGCCCGCAGGAUCCGAGGCGAGAGGGCUUAGAUACAGUUGCGACUUUUCUUACUAAACACAAAGGCUCUUUUCAGAGCCACCAAAUCCCAAAUUAAAUGAGUUCAACGCUCCAAUAUCUGUUCAUUCGGGGAAGCCCGUGAGAUCCUUGUGUAGAACCAAUUUCGAACAGCGGCAACAGCUGUGGUACCGGCAUCAUUAAUGCUUUUGUUUGUUUCUGCAAUCUCCCCCUUAUAUAAUGUGUAGCAAUUUCAAACUUGCCACGAUAUCUCGCUCAGUUAUCCACAAACAUAAGGGCUAAUACGAACAUCUGCGUUAUAUCUAACCAACUUCUAGACCUGCAACUUUUAUUGUGGCAUCCUCGUUUUUCAAGUAUUUACAUUGUAAUAGUCGUCGACCCCAGUGCUAAACCCAUCAGUCCCGCUGUAUAAUCGGUAGAAUGUGACAUUUCUGUACGGACAUCCUUCCCGUGAAUGUAACAUAUCAUAUUAGCAACCGAACCAAGGAGCAGAGGCCGGUCUGAGCGAUGUUGUGGUAGAUUGAUCUAAGUAUUAUCAGCGCCACCUAGUGUCACAUGCACAUUAAAAAAAGUGUUUGGGCACUUGGGCAAUCGUACUGAUUAUUACACCUAAAAAAUAUAGAUUAAUUAGAUAAACGAAUACAUCUCGCAGAUUUGUUUACAGAAUUAAGCUCGUCAGAGACGAUGAGUCACUUACAAAGAUUGAAAUUCAGAUAUCGCCAAGAGCUUCAAAUGGGCCAAUAGGAGGUCAACAAUAUUUUUAAGGUAGCCAAUAGGACAGAAAUUUGUAAUCGUGUACCACUGGGCAAAUUUAAAACUUAAAAUCAUUAUCUUGUAAAUUGUAAAUAUUGCUUCUUUAAAUUUCUUCCGGCAUUCUAUGAAUGAAAUUGAAUUUUGUAUUGCCCCAAAGUAACACUGGAAAUUCGCAGUUGGUUGAGGUUCAUAAGACUCUGUUAAUAAGCGAUAUAGUUAGAGAAUAAAAACUAGAUACAAUUGACACAUCGUUGAUUCCCCAAACCUUUCAAUGAUACAACAUGACAAUGUGUUUAUCAUUGGAUGAGAUUCAUUAUUUCGGUUAAAGCCUAAAUAGCAAAUGACACACAUUGCGGAAGAUUUCUACAUAUUCUAAAUGUUUAUUUACUGACGGGAGUGGAAAACAGAAAUAAAAUCUAACUACACGGAAGCGUUAUUAGCCCCGCCCAAAUGUCUAGUUCCCUAUCAGGUCGACUUUAGUGCUAUAUAAGGUGUAGUUAUGUGAGUGACGAGGCAGUUUGUACAGAACGCAUAUUUAGUGAUCAUGUCUGGACGCGGCAAAGGCGGAAAGGGUUUAGGGAAAGGAGGUGCUAAGCGGCACAGGAAGGUGUUGCGGGAUAACAUUCAGGGCAUCACUAAACCCGCCAUCCGCCGCCUGGCCCGGAGAGGGGGAGUCAAGCGCAUCUCAGGUCUUAUCUACGAGGAGACUCGUGGCGUUCUCAAGGUUUUUCUAGAAAAUGUUAUUCGAGACGCUGUCACCUACACAGAACACGCCAAGAGGAAGACCGUUACCGCCAUGGAUGUGGUGUACGCUCUCAAGCGCCAGGGCCGCACUCUCUACGGCUUCGGAGGCUAAAUCUUCUAUUGCCCAUCAAUCUUAUACCCAAAGGCUCUUUUCAGAGCCACC